CACCCGGAAGUGACGUGUAUAACAAGGAAGAUAAACUCACAGAAUGGACACCUUCCCGAAGUGUUCUGUCUGUCAGCAGCAGUUUACCCUGAAAGGUCCAGUCCCCCACUUACUGCCCUGUCUACACGCUGUGUGUGAGACGUGUGUGACAUCUGCAGCUGGUGGUGUGAUAUCAUGCUCUACAUGUCAGUGGGAGGUCAACCUCACAGACACAAGCCUCCAGAAGGAUGCAGUCAGACAGAAGGAAAUAUUCCACCUGACAGUCAAACAUCGCCCCACAGAGCUUCUUUGUACAAAUGAAGAUGAUGGAAAUCAGGCUGUGUGUUGGUGUCAGGAGUGUGAAGAGUUCCUCUGUGAAUACUGCCAGAACAUGCACAAUGGUGUUAAAGCUACCAGAAGACAUGUUGUUGAAACCUUUCGGGAUAUGGCACCGGGGAGCAUGUUUGUAGAACCAGUAUGCAAACUUCACAAUCGUUAUCCUCUUGAGUAUUUUGAUAAAAACUGCAACAUUUCAAUUUGUGCCAAAUGCAGGAUUGGAGAGCAUUCCGAGCACGACGUUGAGGAUUUAGAUGUGGCUGCCGAUGCUGCAAAAGGACGGAUAGAACAACAUGGGAAGAACGUGACAGCACAUCAUACUUGUCACCAAGCAUAUUUGAAGAGCGUCAGCAAAGUCGUAAAUGACACAAAGAAUACAAGUAGUGCUCUUAAGGAGGCCAUCCACCACACUUUCCAUUCUCUGAGGACACAACUUGAUCAACGAGAGAAGGAGCUGGUCAUAGAUCUGGAGAAUCAGACGAAGCAGGAACUGUCAAAGCUGCACACUGUACAAGUUACUUCUGAAGGCGAGAGUAAAAGAUGCAAGUGGACCUCAGACUACAUCAGGACAGUGCUCAAGUAUGCUUCAAACUCUGACUUUCUCACACUGGAGUGGUCGAUACAAGACACAGCGAAGACGCAUCUCAGAUCAGUUCCACCAGAGACACACAUUGCAUCUGCAGCCAGUUUCAACACAGGGGGCCUGGUGAAAUUGAAAUCCUACAUUUCUGACUUCGGAUCUGUCAAUGAAGAUGGAUCAGCAGCUCAGGCGCAUACACAAUCAGAUCAUGGUUCACAGACAGGCGAUAGCCAUCUAACUGACCUGGAAAACAAAUACAAAGAUCUGAACGUGCUGGAGGUAGUUGACGAUCCAACACCGUCGGCAAGUUUUGAUGCGGGUGUUAAAACCUAUACUCUGGAAACAGGAACGAGGACACCGGUGAUUCUGCAGUGUCCUAAACUACAACUGGACGCUGCUCGAGCCAACACAGACUACUGCCACGUAACUACAGACGGUGAGCUGGUCAACUCGCCGCCCGCCACACGACACAGAGACAGCGGCUGGUUACAGACAUACAUAGACAGUGGCAGGUUACGGAGAUACAGCGGCACCUGUAGUUCCACCCCCAUCCCCCUUCCUCCACCCCCCUCUAAUGUCACCCCUGCCCCACACACACCACGAUACUGGGAGACCCACUCCAGGGUGGGUGUGGUGGGUGUUGGGUUCUAUUGGCCUGUCCUGGAGAUGGGUGUGGGGGAGGAGAGCCAAGUGGACAGUGACUGUUAUGUUUUUGACCAGCGCCGCUCCUGGUGUGUCAGUGUAUGGGACUGUCUCACAGACCGGGGGAAUAUCUGUACCAGGGUGUGUCAGCAGGGGAUUUUGGGGGAGUGUUACAGAAACACAAUGUCUACCACACCCCGCACACAGGCCACCCUCCACUAUGGCGUUGUGCUGGAUGUGGGGAGGGGGAGACUCGCCUUCAUCGAUCUCCACAGGGAGAUUGUAUUAGCCAAGUUGGAUGUUGAGUGGAGGGAGUCUCUUCUCCCCAUGUUUGGUGUUGGGGAGCCAGAUGUCUGCACAGUCAACAUGAAGGUGGUCAGCGGGGUGGACAUCACCAUGACUGACUCCAAGAAGUCACUUAUUUAUAACGCCCUCACAUAGGAAAUAAAAUAAACAUGACAUUGUGUAAACUUGUAAGUGUGACAUAUUUAUUUAAACUGUCAAAAGUAAUGUGAUUGUAUUGAUUGAGGCGGACAUAGAAGUUACCUGUCUAUGUGUUGUUUGUUAUGUACAAGAAUGUAACAAGGUUAGCUAAAUGUGUUGUUUUCUA